AUGACCAAGUUUCUGAUAGCCCUCAGCGGAUUUUUCGCAACUGUCUUGCAAGUGAGCGGUGCCACUUCAACAUGCGUUGGGCAGUCAGAAGCCCGUUCACUUUACCGUGCACAUAACCCUGCCACAAGCGAUCAUCUCUAUACUGUUGACCUAUCUGAAUCCCAAAGGGCUGUGGGCGGCCUAGGUUUCGUAGCAGACGGCAUAGCUGCUCUCGUAUUCACGACACAAGUUCCUGAUAGUGUCAGGCUCCAUCGUUUCUAUCAUCCCGCCAAAUAUGAUCACUUCUAUUCCGUCAAUGAAACUGAGGCAGCCAAUGCAGUCGCUGGGGGUUACGUCUCUGAAGACGUCCCCGAUGUCACUCCGAUCUACGUUUAUUCUUCGCCUCUCUGCGACACCAUGCCCUUUUAUCGUUUGGUCAUGAAAGACUCGGACCAUUUGUAUACGGUCAAUGCAACAGAGAGAGACAUUUCUCAACAGCAAGGAUGGACCUUCGAAGGAGUCGCAGGCUAUGUCUAUGCUCUCGGCGCGACCGUGUCAAGCACUAGUCGUGUUUCAUCCGUCAACACGAAAGCACCCUCCGGGUCCUCCUCUUCAUUGUCGACACCCAGGAAAAAAACUCCAAUCGGCGCAAUUGUUGGAGGUACUAUUGGCGGAGUUAUUGGGCUUAUUGUUGUUGUCCUCGCCGCCUUUUGGGGAUGUCGAGGCCGGCGAAGACACGACAAAUCGAGCAGUCACUACGCAGUAAACCCUCAACUCCAGCAUUCAAUGACAGGUCCAGUUACAUCAGUGACUAGCUUCCACGCCACCUCUCCUGCUCCAUCUUCAGCUGGUUUCGCAGGUGUUGGGAUCCACCAAGAGCCGGCCACGCUUCCGAUUAAACGUCAUCCUCGGCCUCCUCCUCCACAAGUACAGCAACACCAAGAUAGUGGUGUUCGAUACGGAGUUGUGGAAUCACCACCUGAAUACACAAGGGAUUGA